CUUUGAACUUCCCUCCCCUGACAUCAUCAUCAGCAGCAGCUGAUGGAGCAGGUGAACGCACACGGACUCACUUCUGUCUCUGCAGCAGCAGCAGCUCACACCACGUUUCAUAACUGACCUACUUUAACUGGACUGAGGACACACAGGGAGACAGACAGACAGACAGACAGACAGACAGACACCUGCACAGGUAACAACAACAACAGCAGCAGCCGCAGCAGCUGGAGCUCAGAGCAGCGGGGAGGAUGCUGCCGCCCACCGGGUUCCGUGCCUUGUUUUGCAUGCUCUCACCGAACGAGUCCUCGUUUCAGACGCUGGAGGAAGUUCCUCAGUAUGUGCACGAGGCCACUCCUUUCUUUAUAGGCCUGAUGGUCCUGGAGGUGCUGGUGGGCCUGCUGAAGUCAGGAGACCCAGUGUACAGCAUCAGUGAUGGACUCACCUCCAUAUCUGCUGGAAUGUUCUCCAGACUUCCAUCGUUGUUGAUGAGGAGCACUGAGCUGACUGCUUACAUCUACGUAUGGGACCACUAUCGCUUGGUGGAACUGCCCUGGGACUCGGCCUGGACCUGGUGGUUCACCUUCCUGGGUGUGGAUCUGGGCUACUACUGGGUUCAUCGCUUCUCUCAUGAGGUGGCCUUCAUGUGGGCCGCUCACCAGGUUCACCACAGUUCAGAGUACUACAACCUCACCACUGCCCUCCGACAGUCCGCCAUGCAGCCGCUCACGUCAUGGGUCUUCUACCUGCCUCUGGCCCUGGCUGUGCCUCCGUCUGUCUUUGCUGUUCACAUACAGCUAAAUCUGCUUUACCAGUUCUGGAUCCACACAGAGCUGAUCCGAGACCUGGGACCGCUGGAGUGGAUCCUCAACACCCCAAAACAUCACAGAAUCCAUCACGGGAGGAACAUAUACUGUAUUGACAAGAACUACGGGGGAAUUCUGAUCAUAUGGGACAGAAUAUUUGACACGUUUGCCGCAGAGAAAGAGAAAGUGGUGUAUGGCCUGAUUUACCCCAUCAAGACGUUUGAAAGCCUCUACAUUCAGCUCCAUUACUAUUUGGGUUUGUGGCAAACGUCCCAAACGUACACGACGAUUGGCCACAAACUGUCGACUUUCCUCAAAGGUCCAGGUUGGUUGCCUGGUACAGCUCGACUCGGCGACCUCUCCACACAUCCGAAGGUUACCGGCAAAGAAGUGCCUCAUAAUCCCAGCUGGUCGCUGCACUUACAAGUUUACGUGGUGGCACAUUUCCUGCUGGUGGUGUGGACGUACAAUGACCUGUUUGAAAACCAGACGAUGCUGUCCCAGUUGGCCGUCCUGCGGAUGAUCGGCUAUGUCCUGCUCACGCUCACCUCUGUCGGUUUCAUCCUGGACCAGAGACCGUCGGCAGCCAUGUUGGAGAUGCUGCGCUGCGUCGUCAUGGUGAUGAUGCAGUGGAGCGGCUACAUGAAGCCACCAACGCCUUCAAUGGCUGUUCCUAUAGAGGCCUUUGUCGCCCUCUCUCUGCUGUUCUGGGCACUGCAGUGCGUCCCUCAGCUGCUCAACAUGAAGACGAAAACCAACUGAGUGAGAAAUAGAAAUAGAACUAAAAAUAAAAAAAACACUCACUGGUGUUUUAACUUUUGAAACUACAAUUUAUGUACUUUUAUUUUAAUCACCUUAAGCACAAUUUGUAUUGUUUGUUGAAUC